AGAGGGAAAGCUCCCGGAUCGUCUCAUCAAUCCGGUCAAGCUCCACCUCGUGCCCGUGCCGUUUCUCCUGCUGCUGCUUUUCCUCUCGGUACCGCGAGUGCUUCAUCCUCAGCUGACCCGUCUUCGAAGGAAAAUCCCACGGCCCCUUCGAAGCGCUCGGCAUCGAACCGCAUUGCAGAGAGUCCGAGGAGCAACUAGCCCUCUACACAACCACAAGAACAAGGCUGAUCGAGACCGUCCUCGCUGGGAGUGACCCCUCAUGCUACAGCCGAACCAACAUCUUGGAAGAAGCCCCCGACCUGGGUUCCGAGCGGCUGGAAGAUGUCAAGCACGUUGCUAAAUCUGUGAUGAAAGGCGCCUGGUUGGACUACCCCACCGAGGACAUCGUCGUCACCACCAUAGGCGGGGGCAUCACCAAUUUACUCUUCAAACUCCAGGGACCCCCAGCAGAGGCCGCUAUCCUAGUGCGAAUUUUCGGGAAGGACACCGACGUGCUUAUCGACCGGGAGAGGGAUAACGCUCUUUUCGACGAGCUCGCUAGCAUGAAGUACGCGCCGCCUUUUCACGGCCGGUUCACCAACGGUCGAAUAGAGGGUUUCUUGCCGGCCCGAGCCCUCGAGCCCCAAGAGCUGUCGAAUCGAUCGCCGGUCGACUUUGUGUCGCUCAUCGCGCAAGAAAUGGGCAGAUUACAUGGCCUACAGGUCGCCAACGCUGGGCCGCCUGGGGAAGCCGAGAUAUGGCAAGUGCUGCCCAAGUGGCUGCAACUGGCCAAGGGCUUGACUUUCGACGACGAAGCCAAGGCGGCUGCCAUCAAGGCCCUAGACCUCGACUGGGUCUGCGAGGAGGUGGAGUGGCUGAGGCAGAAGCUGUGCCGAGAGCCCGACGGUGCCGACAGCCGUGCUUCGGCGACGAGCGUUAGUUCCGCAGCUGAGAAGCGCGCGAAUCGAUUCUUGUGGGAGGUUGUGCUGUGCCACAACGAUCUUUUGAGUGGGAACGUGCUGCACGCGGACGGUUGGGAUCGGGUGCAGGUAAUCGACUUCGAGUACUCCGGGUACAACCCUCGCGCUUUCGACAUUGCCAACCAUUUUUGCGAGCACGCCGGAUUUGACUCGAACUUUGAGAAGUCCUACCCGACGGCAGACACUCAGGCGGCCUUCUUGACGGCCUAUGUGCGAGCCGUGACGACUCCCGAACCCGGCACUGACGUGCCGGGUGAGGCGGACGAGACAGCAGAGGAGGGAAGCACGGAUGCAUCGACGGAAUCGCCACGUUCAGAUGAAGACAGUUUCGUCGAGGCGUUGCGCACAGAGGUGAACCGGUGGGCGCUGCCCUCGCACCUCUGGUGGUCGCUGUGGGCGGUCGUGCAGGCCCGGUACUCCCCCAUCGAGUUCGACUUCGUGGGCUAUGCCCGCCUGAGGCUGGCGGGUUACCGGCUUCACAAGAAGGCGUUUUUUGGAAUCGAAGGGGAAAAGCCCGCUGAAGAUUUCUUUGAAUUCAGGGGGCAGAAGCCCUCCUAGCUUGGCACGCGAGUUGCGGCGAGGGUUGCACUCGUGAAAUCGAUGUCAUGAUUUUGAUUCAUGACUGAAUAUUGAAGUACAACUGCUGGAGGUUUGGGUGCAGUGGUCAGGGGUGCAUGCAAGUUUUGAAAACAUUUUGCAAUCGCAAGAAGGAGUGCAUAAGAUGUCAGUCCCCUGACACAUCGGUGUAUGUGUCAUGGCGUUCUUGUCAUGUCGUAUCUACAGAUCUACAGCGACACUUUUCUCUUCGGGAACCGACGGAAUCCCCUUAAAUGUUGACGGUUUCGUCGGGAAACACCCUCCUCUCAUCCAGUUUUGAAACCAGACCGGGGCGUACGCAACGGUGACUCUCUUAGACGGGGAGAAUUUGCUCCCCUCGUAAAGCUCAUCCGCAGGAUAGCCGUUUUUCACCGUACUGUAGGGUGGUGAUGGUGAGUAUCCGUUGACCGUACAUCAGAGCGUGCGAAACAAAGCAGUAAGGGUAGGCCACAUCGGCAAUGGCUUAUUACAAGUCUCAGCGUUCAGAUAGCCAUGUAAACAGAUGUCCACCAGGGAGGAGAAAUACGUGGGCGUCCAGAACAACUUCGACCGGCCAAUGGAAAUGGCGGUGUGCCAGAUGCACACCGAAAAUAUAAU